CAUUUCUGGAGCCAAUUUAGGACCAAUGAAAAUUUCGUUCCUGACCCCACCCCUAGGAAAGCUUAUAAAAGCUUUCCAGUUGCUGAUCUUUGAAUCCUGUUUGUUGCGAGAAUCUGAGCUCUAGGCCUUGUAGCAUUAUUUUCAGUUAUGUCUGGCCGCGGAAAGCAAGGAGGCAAGGCCCGCGCCAAGGCCAAGUCGCGCUCGUCCCGCGCAGGUCUGCAGUUCCCGGUGGGGCGAGUGCACCGUCUGCUACGCAAAGGCAACUACGCCGAGCGGGUGGGGGCCGGCGCGCCUGUCUACAUGGCGGCAGUCCUCGAGUACCUGACCGCCGAAAUCCUGGAGCUGGCGGGCAACGCGGCCCGAGACAACAAGAAGACGCGCAUCAUCCCUCGUCACCUGCAGCUGGCCAUCCGCAACGACGAGGAACUGAACAAGCUAUUGGGCAAAGUCACCAUCGCCCAGGGUGGUGUUUUGCCCAACAUCCAGGCCGUUCUAUUACCAAAGAAAACUGAAAGCCACAAAGCCAAAAGCAAAUAAAUCCAGACAAAGUGAACCAAA